UAUAUAUCCUGGGGGUUAGUCGAGAACUAACACGAAGGAAUAAAUCAUCCUGGGGGUUGGUCGUGAACCAACACGAAGGAAAGUACGUUCGUAUUUCGAACAUUGAUUUCGCCCGGGGGUUGGUCGUGAACCAACACGAAGGCAAAAGAUCGAAUAACGCACGAAACGAAACAAAAGGGCCUAGAUAUUUCCAUUCCUUGCGAAUUUUUACUUUGAGCAUUAGAGCCGAUUGAGGCUGUCGUUUUGUUCUAUUUUACAAAUAGAUAUCUUAUAAGAUUACAUAUUGCAGAUACACAUGGAAAUACACCUGAGGAGGUUAUGUUGCACACGGGCGCCGAGGCCGAAUUACAAUUACAUCCGGUGCCUGAGCUCCAACCAAAUCCUGACCCUAAGUUGCAACCAAACCCUGAACCCGAGUUACAACCAAAUCCUGAACCCGAGUCACAACCAAACCCUGAACCCGAGUUACAACCAAAUCAUGAGCCUGAAUUACAAUUAGAACCGUUAGUAGCGGAUCCUUUGAAGGCCACGGACGCAGAUCAAAUCGCGUCAGAGCUAAAUCCUGAUAUUUUAGUGGCACUGGGUGCCAAAACUGGUGAUGAUGCGGUGUACGGCAACAAAAUACACGAAAACCUAGCACAACUUUGGACGCCUUUAUUAAAAAAAGGCAUGUCAAAGGACGACAAGGACAAACUUCUUAAGGAAUACUUAGUUCCUCAAAACUGUAGUUUGUUGCAGUCACCGAAACUAAAUCCAGAGAUAUCUGCCGCCGUUCCAGAAACAGCUCGAGGUAGGGAUAAGAAAAUAAGUUUCAAUCAGCAACAACUGGGCGCAGGCAUCACGGCGAUCAACAGAGCUAUGGACGUCUUGAUCAACGGCAACGAAGAUAAUUUAAAAGCAAUUAGGUUCUUAAGUGACGCCUGCCGCAUUUUAAGCGAUCUACAUCAUGUUAAUACACAAGCCAGAAUCAAGCUAUUAACACCCGGUUUAGAAAAACAGUUUCUAAAUGUAAUUCAAGACGCAAGCCGUGACGAAACAUUAUUCGGAAACAAUUUAUCCGAAAAAAUUAAAGCUUGUAAAGCUAUAGAGAAGCAAGGCCUUCAAAUAAAGAAAAAUCCUACUAACCUAAUCCCGGCCCCAUCCUACCCACCAUAUCCAUCUACAUCAACCGCUCGUCCUCCCCAACAUCGGGGAAACUGGUCGUGGCCUCCCCGUUACCCGCUGAUCAAGAUGACGCGGGGAGCGCCCAGGAGGACGUCAUCUUACAGACCGAGCUCUGCCUCGUCGGCUCAGACGAGGCCGGCCAGCAAGGCGACAACGCGUGCCCAAUUAGCGCGCCGUUAACACAGGAGUCAUCACCCCCUGUUCAGAAAACUUACCCUGGGUGUCGCGAAGCUUUGCGGGAAGCCUACGCACGGCAGGGACACACGGCUGUCGCUAUAAAGCUGAUGGUGGCCUCGCUCGCUGACAAUACGAUAAGUCAAUAUAACUCAUCCCUCAAGCUUUGGUGGGACUUUUGUUUAAUUAAUCAAGUUGAUUUCUUUGAAGGUUCUAUUAAAUCGGUAAUUACAUUCCUAUCUGAGCAGUUUUCUAAAGGCGCGUCUUAUGGUACUAUCAAUUCUCAUCGCUCAGCUUUAUCUUUGCUAUUAGGCCCUAAGAACAUUGGAUCGGACCCAUUAGUAAGACGAUUAUUGAAAGGCGUGUAUAGACUUAAACCUACUGCCCCUAAAUACAACAGUACAUGGGACCCAAAAAAAGUGUUACACUAUAUUUCGCAAUGGACGCCUCAUAAAGACAUCCCUUUCGAAAAUUUAACUAAAAAAUUAGCUGUGUUAUUCGCAUUAUGUACGGCCCACCGUGUUCAAACGCUGUCGUUAAUUAAAGUAAAUAAUAUACAGUUUACACCCAAUGGUGCUCAAAUAUUCAUCACUGAUAUUAUUAAAACUUCUGGGCCUAAUAGAGAGCAGCCAGUACUAAUUCUUCCUUAUUUUAAGGAAGACCCCACAAUUUGCCCUGCGAAAGCGUUAAAUGAUUACUUAGAUAUAACAAAGGAUAUGAGAACUGAUACGAUAAAUAAUCUUUUCUUAACCUGCAGACGUCCCUAUAAAGCUGCUUCAUCGCAAACCAUUAGUAAAUGGAUCAAAAAAGUAUUAUCAGCGAGCGGAGUAGAUGUGAUGUACGGCGCACACAGCGCACGACAUGCGUCAACGUCAGCUGCGAACGCGGCUGGUGUUAGUGUUGACGUUAUUAGGAAAACAGCGGGCUGGUCCAGCUCGUCACUGACGUUUGCCAAAUUCUAUAAUAGACCCAUUAUAGAUCACUCUGAAUUUGCCAGGUCUGUUUGUUUACCAAAUAACUCAACAUAGGUACAAUUAAGAUCAAUUAGAAGAUUGUCAAGGUUAUAAUAAAUAUGAUAAAAUAAAACAUGCAUUCUUGGUUCUGUUAUUAAAAUAUAUUUAAUACAUACACUGGUUUCCUUUUUAAUAUCACCAAAACUUAUAUCUCUAAACAUCUACAUGGUUAAUAUAAAUUUAUAUCUGAAAAAUGAAGUGACGAAAUAUAAUUGAUGAUCAAACGAACUUCUUGAAGUGAAGUUCGAUCGAAAUUAUAUGAGUCACUUCAUUUGAAGAUAUAAUAUAAGGUCCCUCCCGCCCUAGAACCCUGAUAUAAGUUUUGGUUCCUGACUUCUCUAAAAAUAAUGAGGAGCUGAGCGGCCGCCCCACGCUGGGGAGGGAUAACCGGAAGUGGGCGGAAGUUGCUAUUUGUCAGUUUUAAAUCAAAAUACUUACUCUUAAAUGUGUGCGAUGCUACCUGUACAAUAGGGAAACUACAUGGUUAAUAUAAAUUUAUAUCUUCAAAUGAAGUGACUCAUAUAAUUUCGAUCGAACUUCACUUCAAGAAGUUCGUUUGAUCAUCAAAUAAGUGCUAAAAUCUUAUUUU